AUGAAGUUUAUUGUGACACCAGCACUUGUGUUCUUGAUUCUGUCUUUUGCUGCUACUUUGGUUCUAAACUUUUCAUCCACUCUUUUCUUGUUUUCAAUGUUAAACACCGUAAUCUUGGCUGUAGUUGUUGGAAGUUAUAGGCCUUCUGUGGAAGAAGGUGAUGGAGGCUGGUAUGCUUUCCAGUCUUGGUAUGAAGAGGUAGAAGACGCAUACGAUAAGGAUGAAGAUUAUGACAGUGAUGAUGAUGAUGAUUAUGAGAAGGAAAACGAUUUUUCUGAUGGCUACGACCGAGAUGAUGAAGGUGAUAGGGAUGGUGAAAUUGGUUGGGAAGAUGAUGACGAAGAAGAAGAUGAUAAUUUGCAGAGAAGAAUUGAAGAGUUCAUUGCUAAGGUUAACAGAGGAUGGAGGGAUGAAUGGUUAAGGGAAAAUCAUCAAACUCAGUCCAAGCUUGGAUAAUAUAUUGUCCCAUUUCUCCACAUGCACGUAAAUGUUCUUAUUGGUUUUUGUUAAUACCCAUUUUUGUAGGGGAUUUUGUUCUUCUUUUUUCUUUUAACAUUGGCAUAGAUUUUGUUGAUAAAACCAUUUGAAAUAUUCUUUAACUUAGUUAUUAUCUACUGAAUUUGAAAAAUAGAAUAGGUCAAUGCUUAAUAAUAUCGUAUGA